CCCUCAACCAUGCUCUUCCUCUUCUCCAUCACCAUUAUCCUCCCCGUCAUUGGUCUCAUCGCCUUCAUAAUCCGAACCCUCCUCUCCAAGAACGAAACCCCAAAAAACCCAACAACGCCAUCUAUCACAACCCAAGAAAUCAAUCCUCCGAUCUCCCCUCCCCCGCUCACACCACCUCACCAGGGAAAAAAGUAAGAUUCACCCAAGAAACGAUAGAGCGGGAGAUUGAGCGGGUGAGGAAACGGGCUAGUAUGGAGAGCGACGAGAGCAGGAUCGUGAGGAUGUGUGACGAGGUUGGGAUUGGGGUUGAGGAGUUU